AAGUAUUAAGACACGCGUUGGUGGCUUCUCUGUGUAAAAAUUUGUCUGUGUGCACAAAUUUCCCAAUAAUAAGCCAUUAGCAGCUACAUACACACGUUGUAACAACAAAACUGCUCAAUUCGUACUUCACAACGAGCAUACAAACGCGUUUCUGGUAUCGUAGGUACGCAGUAGAAUUCUUACAGUUCGUACUGCACGUUGUGUGCCGUCGUUUUGUGCCGUGUAUGUGCCGUCUCGUUUGUUCCUUUAUUUUUAUCCGUCUCGUUCGUCGUAAUUGCCUACAUUGUCUACGACACGAAGGAGUAUCCGUGCGUUCCUGACAUCGCAAAACAAGCUGUUCGUGGGGAAGCCGGAUUACCGGAUAUAUCCAACAUAGUCAUGCGCAACACAAUAUAGCUUCUACCCAAGCUCUUCACUGCAGAAACGAAGUCUUACUUUUACAGUUUUGCUUUUAACAAAUGGCCACUGUAGAUGGAAGACCGGCGCAAUAUGGGAUUUCUCUUAAACAUUUACGAGAGCUCAUGGAGCAUCGUGGGAGAGAAGGCGUAGUUAAGCUAAGUGAACUUGGUGGUGUCACUAAAUUGUGCGAUAAAUUAUAUACAUCAACAAACGAUGGUCUACGAGGAACAAGGACGGACAUUGAGCAUAGGCGUGAGACAUUUGGGUCUAAUGUUAUCCCACCAAAACCCCCCAAAACAUUUUUAACAUUAGUCUGGGAGGCGUUACAGGAUGUCACCCUCAUUAUUUUAGAAGUAGCUGCGCUAGUUUCUCUUGGUUUAUCAUUUUACAAACCCGCCGACGAGGAUGCACCUUUACUGCAAGAAGAAGAAGAUCACCAUGGCUGGAUAGAAGGUUUGGCAAUUUUGAUCUCGGUCAUCGUUGUAGUAUUUGUGACGGCAUUCAAUGAUUACUCGAAAGAACGUCAAUUUCGAGGCUUGCAAAAUCGUAUUGAAGGCGAGCACAAAUUUUCGGUUAUACGUGGUGGAGAGGUGUGCCAAAUAUCUGUUGGUGAUAUUGUAGUCGGUGAUAUUGCACAGAUAAAGUACGGCGACUUGUUACCAGCUGACGGUAUUCUUAUACAAAGUAAUGAUCUAAAGGUUGAUGAGUCAUCAUUAACGGGCGAAUCAGAUCAUGUUAAGAAAGGUGUAGAUGUCGAUCCGAUGGUACUUUCGGGUACACACGUUAUGGAAGGUAGCGGAAAAAUUAUAGUCACGGCUGUUGGUGUAAACUCACAAGCGGGUAUUAUAUUCACAUUACUUGGUGCUGCUGUUGAUGAGCAGGAGGCUGAGCUGAAAAAACGAAAAAAAGGUACUGAUGAUGGCCGAGCCCCAAUGAAAAAUAUGCAUGUGCCUCCACCACCACCAGAUGGUAUCAAAUCUGAGUCCGAUGGUAAUCACGUUCAACAAGCUUCGUCAUCAGUUGAGACUGGCCACAAAAAGGAAAAGUCUGUCCUGCAAGCGAAAUUGACAAAAUUGGCUAUACAAAUCGGUUAUGCUGGUUCAACAAUAGCUGUUUUAACUGUAGUUAUAUUAGUCAUACAGUUUUGCAUAAAGACUUUUGUUAUUGAAGAGAAGCCAUGGAAAAAUACUUAUGCAAAUAAUUUGGUCAAACACUUAAUUAUUGGCGUGACCGUAUUAGUAGUAGCAGUUCCAGAAGGUUUGCCAUUAGCUGUAACAUUAUCGUUAGCAUAUUCCGUAAAGAAAAUGAUGAAGGAUAACAACUUGGUGAGACAUUUGGAUGCUUGUGAAACUAUGGGCAAUGCCACUGCCAUUUGUUCUGAUAAGACUGGUACACUUACAACAAAUCGGAUGACAGUCGUACAAUCCUAUAUAUGUGAAAAGUUAUGUAAAGUUCUACCAACUUUGAACGAUAUACCGCAACACGUAGGAAACUUAAUAACUGUGGGUAUUUCAGUUAAUUCAGCGUACACCUCCAACAUUAUGCAUGGUCAAAAUCCUGGUGACUUACCCAUACAAGUUGGCAAUAAAACCGAAUGUGCUUUACUAGGAUUCGUACAAGGUCUGGGGGUAAAGUAUCAGUCCAUUCGAGAUGAAAUUACUGAGGAUAAAUUCACUCGUGUAUAUACAUUCAAUUCGGUACGCAAAAGUAUGGGUACUGUAAUACCUCGGCCAAAUGGUGGUUAUCGUCUCUUUUCGAAAGGAGCAUCAGAAAUUAUGCUUAAGAAAUGCUCUUUUAUUUAUGGACAUGACGGGGUCUUGGAAAAAUUCACUCGUGACAUGCAGGAACGGUUGAUACGUGAAGUUAUCGAACCAAUGGCUUGUGAUGGGCUACGAACUAUUUCUGUAGCUUAUCGUGAUUUCGUACCAGGGAAAGCGGCAAUUAACGAAGUUCAUAUAGAUGGUGAACCAAAUUGGGAUGACGAAGAUAAUGUUAUGACCAACUUGACAUGUUUAUGUGUGGUAGGUAUUGAAGAUCCCGUCCGUCCAGAAGUUCCUGAUGCUAUACGUAAAUGUCAACGUGCUGGUAUAACUGUUCGUAUGGUUACCGGUGAUAACAUAAAUACUGCGCGAUCAAUCGCCUCGAAAUGUGGCAUACUGCGCCCUAACGAAGAUUUUUUAAUAUUAGAAGGCAAGGAGUUUAACCGUCGUAUUAGGGACAGCAACGGAGACGUUCAACAACACUUGCUCGAUAAAAUUUGGCCGAAGCUGCGUGUGUUGGCACGAUCGUCGCCUACUGACAAAUACACCCUUGUUAAAGGUAUAAUUGAUAGCAAAGUAAGCGAAAACCGCGAGGUAGUUGCAGUUACUGGUGAUGGUACGAAUGACGGCCCUGCAUUGAAAAAAGCUGAUGUGGGCUUUGCGAUGGGCAUUGCUGGCACGGACGUGGCUAAAGAAGCAUCCGAUAUUAUAUUGACAGAUGAUAAUUUCAGCAGUAUUGUAAAAGCGGUAAUGUGGGGGCGUAAUGUGUACGAUUCCAUUGCUAAAUUUUUGCAAUUUCAACUCACUGUUAACGUUGUUGCCGUAAUUGUUGCAUUUAUUGGUGCAUGUGCCGUGCAAGACUCACCACUAAAGGCUGUUCAGAUGUUGUGGGUAAAUCUCAUUAUGGACACCCUUGCAUCUUUGGCACUAGCUACUGAACUUCCGACACCUGACUUAUUAUUGCGAAAACCCUACGGGCGUACCAAACCCCUAAUAUCACGCACAAUGAUGAAAAAUAUUUUAGGACAAGCUCUGUAUCAGUUAUUUAUAAUUUUCGGCUUGUUGUUUGUGGGAGAUUGGAUACUUGAUAUUGAAUCUGGUCGAGGUCAAGAACUUGGUGCUGGACCCACACAACACUUCACUAUUAUUUUCAAUACUUUUGUUAUGAUGACUUUGUUUAAUGAAAUCAAUGCAAGAAAAAUACAUGGACAGAGGAACGUAAUAGAAGGCCUGUUAACUAAUCCAAUAUUUUAUACCAUAUGGAUUUUUACAAUGAUUGCCCAGGUCGUAAUAAUACAAUAUGGUAAAAUGGCUUUCUCCACAAAGGCAUUAUCUCUUGAUCAAUGGUUAUGGUGCAUAUUCUUUGGUAUCGGUACGUUAGUCUGGGGACAAUUAAUCACAUCCGUGCCUACAAGAAAAUUGCCUAAAAUUUUAUCAUGGGGUCGUGGGCACCCCGAGGAAUAUACCGAUGCCAUGCAUUUGGGAGAAGAACGUUUUGACUCAAUUGAUUCUGAUAAAAAACCACGAGCUGGUCAAAUUCUUUGGAUAAGAGGAUUGACUCGCUUACAAACUCAAAUUUCAGUACCGCCGGCUGAACCAAUUCGAGAGACUGAAGUGUAAUUGACAAAUGCAUUAUAGAAAAUGGGAACUUAACGUUUACUUGUAAAUUAUAAAUGACCAAAAUAAAACAAGUUUGGAAAGGCAAUAUACAUAAUAUAUAUAAAGAUUACUCAAU